AUGGCUCCCGGCAAGGUGCAACCCAAGAAGGACCCUCGAGCGUGGGACAGCCUGUCGCCCGCCCUCUCGCCCUGGGUCCUAGAAGCCGUGGCGGCCAUGGGCUUUGCGCGCAUGACGCCGGUGCAGGCCGCCACCAUGCCGCACUUUCUCGGAAACAAGGACGUCGUCGUCGAGGCCGUCACCGGCUCCGGCAAGACCCUCGCCUUCCUGCUUCCCGUCGUCCAACGCCUCCUCCGACAAGAGGAACCCACGAAGCGGCACCACGUCGGCGCCAUCAUCGUCUCCCCGACUCGUGAGCUCGCCGCGCAGAUACAUACCGUCCUUCUCUCCCUCCUCGCGUUCCACCCGCCCUCAGCCGAGCUCCUGCCGUACCUCGCCCAGGACGACGAGAAGCGGCCCGCCACCGCCGCGCCCGUCGUUGUGCCCCAGCUGCUCGUCGGCGGCACCACCACGCCCGCCCAGGAUCUCGGUUACUUCAUGCGCCACAGCCCCAACCUCCUCAUCGCCUCGCCCGGCCGCCUGGUCGAGCUGCUCUCGUCGCCGCACGUCCACUGCCCGCAAUCUACCUUUGAGUCGCUCGUUCUCGACGAGGCCGACCGCCUACUCGACCUCGGCUUCAAGCAGGACCUGCAAAACAUUCUCACCCAUCUCCCCAAGCAGCGCCGUACCGGCCUCUUCAGCGCCAGCGUCAGCGAGGCCGUCAGCGAAAUCAUCCGCGUCGGCCUGCGGAAUCCCGUCAAGAUCGAGGUCAAGGUCAAGAUGAAGGACGGCGGCGUGCUCGAGGAUCGCAGGACGCCGGCCAGCCUGCAAAUGACCUACAUGGUACAGCCUGCCAGUCACAAGCUGCCGGCCCUGGCGCAAUUACUACGAAAGUUACCCAUCACGCCGCAAAGAAGCAUCGUGUUCCUGUCCACAUGCGCCGCCGUCGACUACUUUCAACAUACACUACCCACGAUCCUUCCCGACGGCAUAUCAUUAGUACCGCUACACGGCAAACACCCAGCCAACGUCCGCGAAAAGAAUUUUAAAAAGUUCCUCACUUCCGUCUCCCCAACGCUGCUUCUGACUACCGAUCUGGCCGCGCGCGGUCUCGAUAUCCCCCAGGUCGACCUCGUCGUGCAGGUCGACGCCCCCUCAGACCCGAAAGUCUUCAUCCACCGGUGCGGUCGCGCCGGUCGCGCCGGGCGCAAGGGCCUCGCCGUCGUCAUGCUGCACCCGGGCCGCGAGGAGGACUACGUGCGCUUCCUCGACGUGCGCCGAACGCCCAUCCAGCCGCUCACGCGGCCCGACGUCUCCGUCUCCGCGUCGGACGCGCAGGCCGCGACCGAGCGGUUCCGCGAGCUGCUGCGCGACGACCGCGCCGUCCACGACAAGGCGCAGCGGGCCUUUGUCAGCUGGGUGCGCAGCUACAGCGGCCACCAGGCGACGUCCAUCUUCCGCACCGCAGACCUCGACUGGGCGGACCUCGGCGCCGCCUGGGGCCUGCUGCGGCUGCCGCGCAUGCCCGAGCUGAAGAAGUGGGAAGGCGACAAGACGCUGGGCGUGACCGGCGUCGACUGGGACGCGUUCGCGUACAAGGACCGGGCGCGGGAGAAGGCGCGCCAGGAGGCGCUGGCCGAGGAGCGCAGCGGCGCGGCCGCAGAGAAGGCAGCAGAGGAGAGGGCGAAGAAGCGCAAGAACAACGCGGCGUGGAGCGGGCGCGCGGAGCAGGCCGAGGUGCGCGAGGAGCGCAAGGAGAAGCGCCGGAAGAAGCGCGAUGCGGAGCGCGCGGCCAAUAUGACGACGGAGGAGCGCUCGCAGGACGCGGAGCUGCAGGACCUGAUCCGCCAGGUGCGCGAGCAGAACCGCGCCAAGAGGGAGGCGGAAAAGGCGGUGCGGACCGAGGACAAGGAGGACUCGUUUGAGGGGUUUGAUGACUGA